AACGGAUGUUUUUUCUUGCAAGAAAACCCGGUGAACCCUUCCGUUUCAUAUGUACCUGUAAAACGUCUAGCGCAUUCAAAAUCUGAUAAAUUAUUAUCAGAGCAUUUCAUUAUAUCCGCACCCGGCGUUUCUUGCACCGGGUGCGGAGUGACUCAUCCUCCUCGCGGACGAUCUUCGGACGGAAAGUGGAAAGUUCUCCGUUGUGCGCACGCGCUCCCCGGGAUUAAUGUCAAGGCACAAAAGUGGCGCUGCACCGUCCCGAGCUCCUCCGGUGGUUGCCUUAGCGAUGGAUGGGGAGUCAGAACCAAACCCUGCCGUGGCAGAAGAGGCAGGGGAGCAGGUGGAGCCCAUGGAUGCCACUCCCUCUUCACCCCAGCAGCAAACCACGCCUCCCUCGGAGGAGGCUGGGGAGGAGGUUUCCAUGGUAACAGAAGAUGAAACCACAAAGGAGGGCGACACAGAGGACAAUGACGAUGAUGUGGUGCUGGUGGAGGAGGAGGAGGAGGAGGAGGAGGCUCCCCAGCCUUCUACCACAACCCUCUCCCACGACAUGCCCAGCGCAGACGGCCUCGAGCCGACUGACACCGAGGCGGCUGUAGACAUGUCCGCUGCGGCGACGCCUUCCAAGACCCCCAGUCCUCCUGCGUCUUCCAGCGCGUCCACGGUGGAGACGCCUCCAAAGCCUCCAGCCACGGCGGCAGAGCCGAUCGUCAUCGACGACGAGGAGGACUCUGAACAGAAAGACGCUUCCUGCGCCUCGCGGUCGCCCCCCGGAGCCUCCUCCGUGUCGCACUCGCCGGGCGCGCUCAGCAGCACUGAGCCGGACUCGGAGAUCCGCAUCGCCAGCGUCACCACGCUGGGCUCCGGUGGCCAGGAGGAAGGCUCCGUUGUCUCCGCGGCCAACACGCCGCCGCAUCCGGCGGACGUCCAGGACAUGACCCUGAUGAUCACCUCGGUGACAUCGCUGCAGGGAAGAGGAGAGGCGGCCGUCGCGGAGGCAGGUGAGGGCCAGGCGGAGGAGAACGGCCUGCAGAUCAGCAGCACGUUCAGCCUGAAUCCCGACACCCCAUCUGGUCGCCCGACGGCCUCCUUCAACCCUGGGCGGGGCUCGGGCCCCCUGGGCCAGCUGGUGCAGAAUGGAGACACGGGGACACACAACAGAGCAGAUUCGUGGAUCUCCCAGUCAGCGUCUGUCCCCCGCAACCAAAAACAGACGGGGGUGGACUCCCCGUCACCUGCCACCUCGCUGCCCAAACCUCCGGGCCAGUCUUCCUCAUCUAACUCAUCCUCCAGCUCCCAGCCACAGCCCAGGACAGUCAAGGUGACCUGCGCCAACUGUAAAAAGCCUCUGAAGAAAGGCCAGACGGCCUACCAGCGCAAAGGCUCCACACACCUGUUCUGCUCCACCACCUGCCUCUCCGCCUUCUCACACAAACCCGCCCCCAAGAAGGGCUGCACCAUGUGCAAAAAGGACAUCACGAACAUGAAGGGCACCAUCGUGGCCCAGGUGGACUCCAGCGAGGCUUUCCAGGAGUUCUGCAGCACGGGCUGCCUCGGCGCGUACGAGAACAAGCAGAACCCGCCCAAGUCGGGCCUCAAGACCAAAUGCACUGUGUGCGGGAAGCUCACAGAGAUCCGGCACGAGGUCAGCUUCAAGACGGUGACGCACAAGAUCUGCAGCGACGCCUGCUUCAACGUCUACCGCCGGGCCAACGGGUUGAUCAUGAACUGCUGCGAGCAGUGUGGCGACUACCUGCCCAGCCGAGCGUCCGCCAACCACUUCCUGCUGGUCGACGGCCAACAGAAACGGUUCUGCUGCCACAACUGCAUCAGGGACUUCAAGCAGGCCCACAGUAAACUCGCAAGCUGCGCCACUUGCAAAACGCUGAUCAAGACAGGCGAGGUGCUGCACAGCUUUGGAGCGGACGGCACAAGCACCAUGUGCUCGUACUGCUCCGUCAACUGCAUGAACAAGGGCAAGAUCGCAUCCACCUCUUUCCACAAUACAGAGCCGUCGUGUCACUCCUGUAAGAGGAAUUCGUUACCGCAGUACCAGGCGACGCUGCCAGAGGGAAACAUCCUCAACUUCUGCAGCUCACAGUGUGUCACCAAGUUCCAGAAUGCUCCUCUUCAAACGACCACCAACGGACAGACGCCUCUCUCCACCACAAACAACACUGUCCAGCUGAAAUGCAACUACUGUCGAGGAGCAUUUAGUUUGAAGCCUGAAACUCUGGAGUGGGAGGAUAAAGUCUACCAGUUCUGCAGUAAGAACUGUUGUGAGGACUACAAGAAGCUCCACUGCAUCGUGACGUUCUGUGAGUACUGCCAGGAGGAGAAGACGCUACACGAACACGUCAAGUUCUCCGGGGUCAAGAGGCCUUUCUGCAGUGAAGGCUGUAAGCUAUUGUAUAAGCAGGACUUCAUCAAGCGGUUGGGUCUGAAGUGUGUCAGCUGUAACCACUGCAGCCAGCUGUGUAAGAGAGCCGUGACGCGGCAGCUCGGCGGCAUGACUCGGGACUUCUGCAGCGAGACGUGUGCCAAGAAGUUCAACGACUGGUACUACAAGGCGGCGCGGUGCGACUGCUGUAAGGUGCAGGGAAGCCUGACGGAGUCGGUGAUGUGGAGGAUGGAGAUGAAGCACUUCUGUGACCAGGAUUGUCUGUUGAAGUUCUACUGUCAGCAGAACGAGCCCAUCAUGGUCACGCAGAAAGGCCCCGAGAACAGCAGCAUGGGACUUGAAGGAGCCAAACAUGGGCUGGUGAACCAGGGCACGCUGGCGUACGCCGGCGGAGGUUUGAUGCGAGACGUCAAGAACAAGGCGGUGCUCUGCAAACCGCUCACGCUGACCAAGGCCACGUACUGCAAGCCUCACAUGCAGAGCAAACUUUUACAGACAGAUGUAGACGAUGGUGUCAAGAGGGAGUAUGUUCCUGUGCCCAUACCUGUGCCUGUCUUCAUCCCCAUGCCCAUGAAUAUGUAUUCCCAGGUCACCCCCACUCCAGUCACUCUGCCUGUACCGGUUCCUGUGCCUGUGUUCCUGCCCACCACCCUCCAGGGGGCGGAGCAGAUCGUCCAAGCCAUCAACGAACUGCGAAACAAGUUGCCCCCCAACCCCCUGGAGGCCGACUUGAUCUCCAUGGCUGAGAUGAUCGCAGGGGACCAGAAGCCAGAUGUGAAGCAGGUGAAGGUGAAGAGUGAACGAGGAGGCGAGGAGUCCUCCGGAAGCAGCUCUGAGAAAGAAGAGGAGCAGAAAGAGGAGGAGCAGAAAGAGGAGGAGAAGUAUGAGCCAGACCUGGAUCUGGAGGCUGACUUCCCCCAAGCCUCAGACCCUGUUCCGGUUCUCGAUGGCCUUGACGAGGACAUGGAAUUCUCUCUACCUCCGGUUCUGGCAGAGGAGCAGGAGGAGUCAGAAGAGUCGGAGGAGUCGGCACCUCGACCGCAGCCCAGGAGACAAGGGAACAAGCGGCGGGCCGUAGAGGAGAGUUCCGACUCAGCCUCGUCGCCUUCUUCCCAUCCAGCCGGCAGAACCUCAGAGGGACGGUCGCGGUCGCUGCCUCUCAAAGCUCGCUACGGCAUCAACGCCUGGAAGCGCUGGGCGCUGUCCCCGUGUGACCAAUCAGAUGACACCAAAGUAAAGGACGGAUCCAAAGCAGCUCGGUCCAAAAGUAACCUGCUGUCGCUGAGUUCAGAGGAGCUGAACGCGGCGCUGUCACGGUUCGUCAGGGAGGUCUGCCGGCCCAGCGGGGAGCGGUACUCUCCAGACAGCAUCCUCUACCUCUGUCUGGGGAUCCAGCAGCACCUUCACGCCAAAGGCCGAACGGAUGAUCUGUUCAGUGACUUGUGCUACCAGCAGUUUGGAGAAGAGCUGAACAAAGUCCUGAAGGACUGGCAGCCCAGUGUGCUUCCCGAUGGCUCUCUGUGGGGUCGAGUGGAGGAGCAGAGCCUGUGGAGCAGCCGGCAGCUCGGGGAGCAGAGUCCCGCCGCCCUGCUGCGCUCGCUCGUCUACCUGAACACCAAGUACUUCGGCCUGCGCACGGUGGAGCAGCACCUGCGCCUCUCCUUCGCCAACGUCUACGGCCCCGACACCGUCCAUCCUGUCACCAAGGAGACCAACGUCUGCAUCCGCGUGCCUUCCAUCUCUCAGGAUCACCACGUGCAAACAGAGUGUAGGAAGAGGAAGCGGACGCUGGAAGAGGGCGAUCAGGACUACGAGCCGGACGCCGACUCGGGAGGCUCCGGUGUUCGCUGCCCGGUCAAGAAGAACGAGUGCCACCUGUACGACCUUUACAGAUCCAAGUGCCCGACGUUGUUGCGGGAGCGUCUGGACGUCUUCUACGUUCAGCCGGAUCCGGCCUGCGGCCCCGACGACCCGCUGUGCUUCACCUCCACGCCACUGGAGCGACGGAUUCUGGAGAGCCUCCUCACCAGAGUCCUCCUGGUCAGGGACAUUUACACAGACAAACAACGUCUGGGGGAGGAGGAAGAGGACGGGGAGGAAGAGGACGGGGGUGAGGUGGCCGGGGGAGAGUAGCAAGUCAAUUUGGACUAAUGUUAGUCGAGCCAGAUCAGCCGGCGGGGGAGGAGGAGCUUAGCGAGUAGCGUGCGCUCCUCCUCCUCGACGAACUGCCGUUUCCUCCCGGUGAGGGACGUCUGCAACAGAGACGCUGAAACAGGUAGAGGAUGACGAGCGGCCCAAAACUUUGCACUUCUGCAGACUGAGUCACAAAAAGGAAGUGGGAAGUUAAAGAAGCUCGAGGACAAAAAAAAAGAACUAGUCGGGAUCAGCGGGAAUUGGUAGAAGCGUCGGAGGGAAGUUAAAUCAGGUGAAAAGUGUUUUCAUCAUCACGAUUGUUUUCUAAUUGUCGGACAAGCAGCUGGCGGAAGUUUAAGCUUUUAACAACAUAGAAUCUUUAUCAAAUGCUUAAACAAAGUUUAUCAGCAGCCACCAGGAGGCGACAGAGGGACAGGAAGCCAUCAACUCUUUUGUCGGUCGUCGGCUUCUUGUCAGGACGCCAUCGCUCAAAGAGGAGAGUGGAGAGUGACUUCAGAUUUAUUUUAUGUUUUUCUAAGUGAAUCAGUAAAGGCACAGGAAGGAGUCGGGGUGAAAACCAGAAGCAUCGCCCAGAGGAGCAGAAGGAAGUUGGAAGGUCUGGUAGGAUUGAAAUUCCAUCUUUGAUACAGUCACCAGUUCUAAAUGGAAUCAAAACCAUUUUGAUCUUCUCUCUUCCCCCCCAUCAACUAGUGUUCCCAACAAAUUCAUGUUUCCCCCGAACGCUGGAAACUUGUGUAAAUGUCACUUUAUAUCUCAAGAUGUAUAUUUUAAAAUGAAAUUUGAAACACUAAAUAUUCUCUGUCACGCGGGACAACUUUACUCCGGUGGUGUAACGAUGAACUCUCCGCCAUCCAGUGACGACAGCAGAUGUGAAAACCUUAAGCGUCACAAACAUUGACAACCGUCCAGGUUGUUUGGCUCAUACUCAGGUUGAAGUGGCGUUAGGUUCCAGUCGAGCCGGCGAACAUUUGCUCUAGUGGAGCAACAAACACUUGCACAGCUACUUAUUAAACCCAACAUCCCUCCCUGUAAUCUGCUACUUGUAUUAUUGAUCCCCAGACAGUUCUAAAACAAGAACACAAAGCGAUGGAGAAUCCCAAUCCCCUCCUCCUUAAUCUCACUGGACGUCAAAGAACCAAAGAGAUUUCUUGUGUCCCGAGUUCACUCAAGAAUAUCGGGAGGUGAAGUUGUGGGAAAGAAUAAGUUGCAAUUAGAUUUGGGAGACGGGGGCAGAGAGAGAUAUCGCCGAAGCACGCAGACCAGGUAAAAUAAGAAAUCUCCAUUUUCUUCUCCCAUGUCAUUCUUCCAGCUGCAUGAAAGAUGGAAUUUCAGACUUUUCCAACAGCGUCUCUAGGCGCCUCUUCCUCAGUCAGGGCGACCUCCUGUGACACGCACCUCCAUUUAGCCGGGGCUGCUUUCAUUCCAUUGUCCCGCUCGCCGCUCUUCCUCUCGUCAGUGCUGCUCUCAGGCGAAGAAAAAAACGUCGCACAAGAGGAUUUGAGGCCGGGGGUCGGGACUGAUCCCCGUGGGCUCGGGGGUCGGGACUGAUCCCGACUCGACGUGGUGCAGGGUCAAAGGCCGACCCACCGACGUGCUGCGUUUCUUUCCAGGACAGUAGGGGGAACCUUUCAUUCGUGCCAUGUAGCAUCGUUGUGCGCACUAAGCCCAGCUCGGGUCGCUUUGAAGUGUAAAUAUCUCAGAAACAAGUCCACACAGAGGGACAGAGUCAUUCGAGUUAGAUGGAAAAAAACAACCUUUUUAUGAUUUUUUUUUUGACUGAAUAUUUAUUUCUUUUUAUUACUUUGUGUCCUUUGGGGAUUUAUGGGUGUCAUUUCCUUCAACGGUCAUUCAAUUCGAAAACCCCUCUCGCACAGUAAAGGUUCUCUGUGCGGCGACAUGAAGGAACGCUGGUUAUUCCCAGCUGUGUUUGAACGUUUCCUUUUCCCGCCUCUGUCCCCCGUGUUUUGUAAUUUCGUGCGAUUUUUCACCUCCGCCUCCUUUUUAAAACUACAGAUUGAUUUUAGUUUUAAGAAGUGAUCACUUUGUUAAUAAGUGGCGAGGACAACGAGGCAACGGAUUUAUUGUAUUAAAGAAUUGGCUUUUAUGUUUGAUCUUAGUUUUUUUCUUCCAUGAACUGAACUGUCCAAAAAUCCGUAAUUAAUUUCUUUGAUUUUGUGUUUCAUAUACAUGCCCCCUUUUUUACUUUUUGGCCAUUUUUUUUUGUUUGUUUAAUUAAAAAAAAAAUUGUGUUCAAUGAAUUUCAGGAAGUGUCAUAAAGUUAAAAUCAACUUGUAUUCACUUUUAUUCAAACACAGCGACAUCUGUACACCCUCCGAAUGUGUGCUUCCACCACGACCCUCCAGAUGUUGAGAUCUGACCGCGGUCGAUGUCUCGCAUUUCCUCAGAUAAAGAAGAAAAGUAAAUCAAAACGUGUCUUUUCAAAGUUCUAUUUUGUCUAAAGAGCAGGUUGUGCUAAGGUGUCGGCCGCAGCGUCUCAUCACAGGAACAAGGGCAGUGGAGAAUCCAAGUCUUUAAACUUUUACUGUGGAAGUUGAGGAACCCCUGAUUUUUAACUGUCCCAUUUUUUAAAUUUUUUUUUUAUUUUUCCUUUCCCCUCCCCCUGCUGGACUCGGAGGCAGCGACCGAACCUGCCCCCACGGGUUUGGACCGAUGCGUUAACAUGCUGUGGCUUCGACGCCAAAUGUGAAUGUGCCUAUCUGUAAAUACUGAAAGUGAGUGAUUGUGACUUUUGAGUCUGAUGCUACGUGUGGGCUGAUCUGCUGAUACGGUCAUGUUAAAUAAAAUGAUUUCAUUUUCUA